CACUGGUGCAUCUCCAACUUUCCAACAUCAUGGCACAAUUCGAGCAAAUCACCUGCUUCAUUAUUUUUGUGUUUGCAAUAUGCCUACUAACAACUUCAGCAUCCGAAGGUUCUGAUGACAUAUUGACCUGUACAGAAAAGGCACAAAACUGGUUAAACCAUGGGGGAGAUAUAUACAACAGAAGAUACGCCAGCAUGGAGCAGAAGAUCAGCGUUGAGAGUGUUUGGAACCUAAGUUUGAAGUGGAAGAUGAACGCAGGAAAAGACAUAACUGCAACCCCUGCAAUUUUCGAUGGCACACUCUACUUUCCAUGUUGGAAUGGGGAGAUUUUUGCAGUGAGAGCAAGAGAUGGUUCUGUGGUGUGGAAGCAGAACUUGGGGAAGUUAACGGGGCUAACUGCAACGGGGUUUGUGGAAGGUGUUAACUGGACAGUGGCAAGAGCAACGCCAACCAUAGCAGGUGAUGAUCAUGAUCUUCUGGUGGUCGGAAUAUAUGGUCCUGCGGUUGUUAUUGCUGUGAAAAGAUCGACAGGGAAGUUGGUGUGGCAGACACGUUUGGACAGCCAUAACUCCAGCGUUGUCACUAUGUCUGGAACCUAUUACAAAGGGGCUUAUUAUGUUGGGACAUCUUCACUAGAAGAAGUUGGCCUAAAAAUAGAAGAAUGUUGCACAUUUAGGGGCAGCUUGUCAAAGCUAGAUAUCCAAUCUGGUGCCAUUUUGUGGCAAACAUUCAUGUUGCCUGAUAAUCAUGGAGAAAUAGGAGACUAUGCUGGAGCAGCAGUUUGGGGAAGUAGCCCUUCAAUAGAUGCCUCAAGGAACCACAUAUACAUUGCCACCGGAAACUUGUAUUCUGCCCCUUUGCACACACGCCAAUGUCAACAAAAAGAGAAUAACUUAACACAACCCACUCAUCCUGACGAGUGUGUUGAGCCAGACAAUAAGUCUGAUUCAAUUCUUGCCCUAGACUUGGACAGUGGCAAAAUCGAAUGGUUCCACCAAUUGGGAGGAUAUGACAUAUGGAUCCUUUCGUGCUUUAAUUUGUCUACGCCUAAAUGUCCACCUGGUCCUAACCCAGAUGCUGAUUUUGGGGAGGCACCGAUGGUGCUCACGAUUGAUGUAAAUGGAACAAAACAAGACGUUGUUGUUGCUGUUCAAAAGAGUGGUUUUGCUUGGGCGUUGCACCGCGAUAACGGCAGGCUCAUUUGGUCUACGGAAGCUGGACCAGGUGGGGUUGCAGGAGGUGGAACAUGGGGAGCAGCAAGUGACAAAGAAAGGGUAUACACUAACAUUGUAAAUUCAGAUGGCAAGAACUUCACUCUUAGACCAUCGAACAAGACUACUACUAGUGGAGGGUGGGUGGCAAUGGACGCAAGCAGUGGCAAGACCUUGUGGUCCACAGCCAACCCUAGUAAUGCCACCGCUAGUGGUCCUGUUACUGUAGCUAAUGGCAUUGUCUUUGCUGGUUCAACAAAUCAAAAAGGACCUAUUUAUGCAAUCAAUGCUAAGACUGGCCAAAUUUUAUGGUCCUAUGAGACUGGAUCCACAGUGUAUGGUGGCAUGUCCGUCAGUGAUGGGUGUAUUUAUUUUGGAAAUGGAUAUAAGAUAGGUAAUGGACUCAAUCUUGGAAAUUUUACUUCUGGAACUUCGCUUUUUGCCUUUUGUGUCGUCUAAGCAAAAAUCUAUGUAUUUAGUGGUGGAAAUAAAGAAGCAUGAUCAUCAUCAUGUCAUAUCAUAUUUUAUGGUUUUUAAAUAAGAAAGGCUCAUAACGAGCACUACAAGAAGUUGGAGUGUUGGACCAACAUAUAUAUUUGUAAUUCUAUUGUCUCAAAUCUUU